GGCAAACUCAAACUGAAACGAUGACGUUACCGAUCGUAAUUAUGAAUGACGCGGAGAAGAACGCGUCGAGAGGGCUGGUACUUCUCCAUCGUCACACGGCCACCGCAAGAACGCCGCCGCUGCCAGACCUUCCGGAGGAGUUGAUAAUUGAAAUCUUGCUGAGGCUUCCGGCAAGGACGCUUGUUUCCCUAAGGAGCGUGUGCAGUUCAUGGAGAAACCUAAUUUCAUCCCCUGACUUCACCGACAAGCACCUUCGUCGUUCAUGCUUACGCGAUCCAAGCCUGUCUUCGCUACGAAUUGCUUGUUACAACAGUUUGCCCUCCAGAGGCCAUGGUGUCUACGACAGUAUUGGAGUUCUCUCCGUACAGUCAAUAAUGGACAACCCUUCUGAACCUACUAAAGUCGAUUACUUCAGUGGAAAAAGCUACAACAGAAUCGUUGGUUCUUGCCAUGGAUUGUUAUGCUUUUUUGAAUAUGACGGCCAGAAUACACAUGGCAUCUUGUGGAACCCCUGUACCGGAUUUAUAUUCCAAUCACCGCAAAUCAGCGGUGAAGCCAUCCAUAUUUGUGGCUUUGGUUACGAUCAUUUCAGUGACAGCUACAAGCUCUUGGGAUUUAUAAUGGAGAAAGUGCGGCCAUAUGGUUUGGAAUUUAGUACCAGAAUUUAUACAUUUGGACCAACUUCUUCUUGGAGAAGAAUUGAUGAUACCCCAUUUGACCAAUCUGAUGACCUAACUGUCGAGCCUUUUAUACCUGAUAAUAUGGAAGGGGUAUUUUUUGGUAGUACCCGAGCAUGCACUAUUAAUUGGAGUGUUAAUCGUCGGGUGGUUGUUUAUUUUGACUUGAGUAAAGAGACUUAUGGUCAAUUUCUCCUGCCUUAUACCGAUUCAAAUGAUUAUUCUCGGGAGAAGAGUACUUAUUUAUGUAUUUUGAGAAACUGUCUUUCUGUUUGUUAUGAGCAUUUGAACGCAAAACAUUGGAUUGUGUGGCAGAUGAAGGAAUACGGAGAUGCUCAAUCUUGGAAUAAAUUGGUAAGUAUUUCCUUCCGCUGGAAACUCGAAAAUUUGGGUUUUUCUUUACAAUCUCUUUACAUCUCGAAAAAUGAUGUACUUUUGGCCAUUUCUCCAUCUUUAAGAAUAUUUUUGUGUAAUUUAAAAGAUGGUAGCAUAGAUUUACCUGACAGCAUAAAUUUACGAAAAAACUAUCGUCAUUUUCCUCAAAGCAUAGGUUCUAAGAUAGCUUAUAUCUACCAUGAAAGUUUAGUUUCACCAAAUGGUCUUCAAAGCAAUUCAUCCAAAAUGGUGCUGCAAAAACCCUAA